AUGAAUGCAAAGUUACUAGUUGAUCAAGUUCAGCAAUUACCAAGCAGAGGGAAAGGGGUGCUCAGGCAAAUCUACUAUCACAUGAAAGGAAUGAAGCAAAGACCAGCUUGGACAUGUCUUAUGUAUAGAAAUGCAGCAAGACCAAAAGCCUAUAUCACAAUGUGGAUAAUGAUGAAUCAAAAGUUUUCAACUGUUGAUAGAUUAGUUCAAUGGGGAAUAGAAGUUGAUAAAGUGUGUGUACUAUGUAAGAAUGGUGAAGAGACUACUGAACACUUGUUUCUACAAUGUCAAUUUUCAAGGAAGCUGUGGGAGAGACUACUGGGAAGCAUAGAUCAUCAUAGCACUGUUCCAAUGGUUUGGGAGCAAUUUCAGCAGUGGUGUAUCCAAUAUGGGAAAGAAAAACGAUCUACAGCACAAAGGUUCAAGACUGUGCUGACAGAAGGAAUAUAUGGAAUAUGGAUAGAGAGAAACAAUAGAAUUUUUUCACACAGGAGCAAAAAGGAUGAGAGUAUUGCUAAUGAGAUAGCUUAUGUAACUAUUGCUAGGAUUCCUUUUAAUAUUUCAAAGAUGUAA